GUCCGAAUGUGGUAAUCGACAAGUCAAUAAUUCUCUUUAUUCUGAUUGGUCAAGGACAACCAAAAUAGCAGCCUACCAGUAGCGAAAUAAUAUACCAUCGAUACCAUUCCAAUUCCGAUAUUUGCUAGUAGCGCUGUUAUGAAGCCUGAAGCCGCAGGGGAAGACGUAGCCAAACAAUAAAGUUUUGAUGUCUUGAAUUAAUUGCAGUAGUAAUUCGACGUGUCAGUUAAAAUGUUGAUUACACAGAUUACCAAGCGAUUAAAAUUACAGGCAAUCGUCAGGAUACCUGUAAGAUGCAAACACGCAGACGAUCAUUGGUCCGUAAUUAGAAAUAAAAAAACGUCAACGGGAAAAGCUUUGGAGCAUUUCGACGAUUUCUACCAAACUGUCUAUGGAAAUACUUGGCAUGAUAUUAGGACUGCAUUGCUGGCUCCAGAUAGAAAGUAUAUGGCGUUGGUUAAUAACUUCAGUGAUACAGAAAAAAUCAGCGAAACUUUACAGAACACAGGCGCUAUUAACUUAAGGACUCUUUACUAUGCUCAACAAAAGUUAUUAAAACCACGACAUACACGGAAUAGAGAAAGACGAAAGGCUGUUGUUUCAAAAGAGGAAACUGAGGACUUGACUAUCUGUGAAGACCAGUCUCAGAAUCAGUCCUUAGCACAAGUUUCAGAUUCAGAUUCUGAUGAUGAAACUAAUAAUGGUGAUGGAACCCCCAACACAAAGCAGCAGAUGAACUUAUUGUCAAUAGCAGACAGCAAAAGUGAAAAAGACUUGGAUGAAGAUCGAAUUAUUGAUCCCAAUAAGGAUCUAGUUUUCAGUUCCUUAUACCAAUAUAUUCCUGCUACCAAAUUGAAAGGUAUGGAGGAUUAUAUCCUGGAGUCGGAACAAUUCGACCGAUUCAGGGAUAGUUCCAAUCUUACAGUAAAAGUAGAAAAAGAACGGAAGUUGAGGUUCCCAAAAUUCCUAAAUAUCUACACUUAUGAAGAAGAAAACGAUACCAGAUUCAAAUCUCCAAGAAAAGGGAGCACGGGUGUUCUGGACUACUAUCUGCUAGACGGUGGCUCCAUUCUGCCGGUGUUGGCAUUGGAUCUCCAGGCCCAUGAUGACGUUUUAGACAUGUGUGCUGCACCCGGUGGAAAAACUCUAGCAGUAUUACAAACUCUUCUGCCAUCCACAGUGGUCGCUAAUGACAAUAAACAAUCCCGAACUUCCAGAUUACAGAGCGUGUUCGAUCAGUAUCUGAAUGGGAUGGCUUUCUCACCAGCUCAGUUGUCAAUAUCUUUGGCUGAUGCGAGAGAUAUUACUGACCAAGAUGUGUACAAUAAGAUUUUAGUCGAUGUACCUUGUACAACAGACAGACACUCUUUGCAUGAAGAUGACAACAACAUCUUCAAAAGCUCUAGGAUUAAAGAAAGAUUACAGCUCCCAGAAUUACAAGCGGAGAUUCUUUUAAAUGCUCUGAAGAUCGUACGGCCGGGUGGUACAGUCGUUUACUCAACUUGUUCUUUGAGUCCCAUACAAAACGAUGGUGUUGUACAGAUGGCUCUCAAAAAAUCUUAUGAAGAAACAAAUUCCACCUUUGUAGUCAGAAACAUGUCCGCAUCGCUGCAACCACUGAAGUAUAUUUUUAAUUUCUCCAAACUUGGUCUGAAAUAUGGGCAAGUCGUCGUACCUUCUCUCGGCAACAAUUUUGGACCCAUGUAUUUUUGUAAAAUAAUAAAGGUAGAAUAAUAAAGGUGAGGGAACUCGGUUACGACUCACAUUAUUUAUUGA